GUUGGAUUAUGGAGUAGUUGUCACCAAUCAGAGCAAAGAAGCAGCAGCUGAGCUUGUAAAUCGAGGAAACAUAACCGAUCCUCUAGAGACUCGGCGCAACUCCUCUUGACAAAGCCGCAGAUCCUGUUCUCGUAUGGUUUAUGUGAGCUGACGCCGGCAGGAUUUAAUUCUGGGGCGUAACGAGGGGGAGGAUGCUGAACCCAAUCCCCGCGCGAGUUUGAGUCAUAAAAGAUGACAUGAUUUCAAAGCAGUCAACUCACCCGAACGCGCGGGGAGCCUAUUUCAAACAACUUAUAGCCAGGUCGUGAGCACCUCUUUUCCACUCACUCCACAUACCGCUUCAUCUCGACCACCCAUCACACCCAACAACAAACAUGACUCUCCCGACUCUCAAGGAAAACCAGUUCACCCACAGCGGCGACAAGACCACGUUCUACUGGUCCGCCGGCCCUUCGCAGGGACCCCUCGUCAUCCUGGUCCACGGAUGGCCCGCCAACGGCGAGACGUGGAAGCCCCAGCUGCUCGCCCUUGCGGCCCUCGGCUUCCGGGUCGUCGCCCCGGACAACCGCGGCUACGGACGGUCCAGCGUGCCCAAGGGCCCCGAAGCCUACGCCAUCAAACAUCACGUAUCGGACCUGCUCGCGCUCCUCGCCCACCUCGGCCGCGAUAAGGCCGUCUGGAUCGGCCACGACUGGGGCGCGGGCCUCGUCUGGGGCCUUGCUGCCAUGUACCCGGAGAAGUGCGUCGGCGUGUGCUGCCUGUCCGUGCCGUACCGUGCGAUCGAGCUCGGCCUUGAGGUCGCCACAUCCCUCACGAACCGCGAGGUGUACCCCGAGGACCAGUAUCCGCUCGCCCAGUGGGACUACAUGGGGUUCCACAUCGAGCAGCCCGAGGCCGCCGCCGCGCAGCUGCGGGCCAACGUGCCAAACACAAUCAAGCUGCUCUACCAGGCCGGCAGCCCCGCGGAUUACGGCAAGCCGACGCCGUUCGCCUCGGUCCGCAAGGCGGGCGGGUGGUUCGGCGGCGCUCCGGAAGCCCCGGAGCUGCCGUUCGAGACGACCCUCUUCAAGGACGACAAGCCGGCGUUCGACCGGAUGGUGGCCGAGUUCGAGCGCAACGGGUUCGAGGGCCCCAACGACUACUACCGCAACCACGGGGUCAACCGGGCCUACCUCCUGGAGCCGCCGAACGGGGCCCGCCUCCGGUUCCCGGUCCUGUUCGUCGAGUCGCGGUGGGACAGCGUCUGCGACACGGCCAUCUCGAGGUUGAGCGAGCCCAUGCGGGAGCUGUGCGAUGACCUCACCGAGGUCAGCAUCGAGGCGGGCCACUGGGUCGCGCUGGAGAAGCCCGCGGAGACGAACGCGGCGUUGGUGAGAUGGUUUGCGACGAAGCUGCCGACAUACUUCCCGGGGUACUGGAAGACGCCAUUUGUGUCGACGAAGUAAUGGAUCGGGAGGAGGGAGGCCCCGUAAUGUAUUGUAGCAAUCAACAGCGCGAAGAAUUCAGUCUGGAGGUGAUGUCAUAUUUGGGCUCAUCCUCAUUUGGCCAAUCCGUCCGUACGUGUGUUUUUUGAGUCGAUCUUAAUCUUGACAAAGACGCAGAGGCAGAUUAGGGCACCCCCGAGUUGGGUCUCUGUGGCUCAAGUUAGAACAGACAUGUCUCUGCCUUGUUCCUGAAAGAUAUUCU